AUGAUCUGGAGGCUGCGCAGCCCCGUCCGCUCCUUGAUCGCCACACCACCCUGCCGAUGCAGCUCUACCUCUGCUCCCGCUCGGACGUCGGAGCCAUUGCGGAUUCUCUUCUGUGGCUCUGACGCCUUCAGCAUCGCGUCACUGCGCGCCGUAGCAGACGCGAAGCGGCAUGUGCCCGGCCUCAUUGAGAGCAUUGAUGUCAUCCAUCGCCCAGCGAAGCCCACCGGACGGGGACUGAAGACCUUGAGAGAGGUACCCAUCAAGCAGGUAGCCACUGAAGAGCUCAACCUGCCCACCCAUGUGAUCGAUACCUUCACCGGCUGGACUCCACCGAACCCCAUAGAUGUCGUCAUCGCCGUAUCCUUCGGCCUCCUCGUCCCACCGCGAAUCCUCAACUAUGCGCAAUACGGCGGUCUCAACGUGCAUCCCUCGCUGCUCCCCGAUCUGCGUGGCCCAGCACCCGUCUCACAUGCCAUACUGAAGCGGCGGCAGUACACCGGUGUCUCUGUGCAAACACUGCAUCCAAGGCAUUUCGACCAGGGUACUAUCCUUGCCCAAACCCCCAUGCCUGGCUACGAGAUUGCCAUUCCUUCCGAACCGAGUCCUGAGACGGCUCAGAUAUUGGAGCAACGGCUUGCCGCGGCUGGAGCAGAAAUGCUCGUAGAUGUCUUGAAGGAACGGAGAUUUGUGUCUCCGCAUGAGGAUGUUGGAUGGUAUGCCCACUCCGACGGUCCUAUCGACCACGCACCGAAAAUUACCAAGCAAGAUCGCUUUGUCGACUUUCGAAAAGACUCCCUGGCAGACGUCAUAGCUAAACACAACGCACUUGGCGACUUGUGGUGUCUACUACCCACCGGUGAUCGUCUGAUAAUUCACGACAUCAUACCUCAUAAUGCGGACGAGUCCCAACUCUCCACGAUGGAACCUGGCCUCUUCGUAGAUUCGCAGACCAGAAACGUGCUCAUGUUCAAAGGAGCAUGCGGCGAAGCCGGACACGUCCUACAAAGUACAUUACAGGGACACAAGAAGGGUUCGGGCAACGCGAAGUUACUGUCGCUGUUCGGUCCUUCAGCAAAUGCAAGUGUAGGAGAUGAUGCUCUUACGAGCACCUUAUACAGAGUUAUCUGA